AUGGUCACCAAGUCAAAGUUCGGCAAAAGCUCCAAGCGGGUCCCCGUUCGCCUGCGGCACAAAAUUGAAAAGGCCGCCGUUGCUAAGCAAAAGAAGAACAGAAAGCUUGCGAAGCAGAACCCCGAAUGGCGGUCUAAGAUGAAGAAGGACCCCGGCAUUCCUAGCCUUUUCCCUUUCAAGGACAGACUUCUCCAUGAGAUCGAGGAGAAGAAGCGUUUGAGGGUGGAGGAGCAACAGCGCGUUCGUGAGGAGGCUCGGGCCCGCAAGAUCGAGGCCAAGAAGGCACAGGGUGUCGAUGUCGAACAGGCAGAGAUUGAGGUGGACCUGGACGGCGAUGACAUGCUGGAUGAUACCAUGGACGCAGAUGGAGACGAAUCAAACCCCAUGGCAGCCCUACUUGCCUCUGCACGUGCCCGCGCUACCGAAUAUGACGACGAUGAUGACGAGAUGGAGGAGGACGACGAGGACGAGAUGGACGAGGAUGAUGAGGAGGAUGGAAUCACUUUCGACUCUGCACCCGACUCCGGUGACGCACAGAACUCCUCCAAGGAGAGCUCACGGCGCCAAUUCGACAAGGUCUUCAAGUCUGUGACUGAGGCCGCCGACGUGGUGCUGUACGUGCUCGACGCCCGUGACCCCGAAGGCACCCGCUCGAAGGAGGUGGAGCGCGAGAUCAUGGCCGCCGACGCUGGAAACAAGCGUCUGAUCCUUAUCCUCAACAAGAUCGACCUUGCUUGGCUCGUCCACCUUCGCCGAUACUUCCCCACCCUGCCGCUCAAGGCCUCCAAUGGCAGUGGCAACUCCCACAGCUUCGACCACAAGAAUUUGACCGUCAAGGGUACAUCGGAGACCCUCUUCCGCGCCCUCAAGGCUUACGCCCACAGCAAGCAACUGAAGCGCUCCAUUUCCGUCGGUGUUAUCGGAUACCCCAACGUCGGCAAGUCAUCCGUCAUCAACGCCCUGACAGCCCGCCUGAACAAGGGCUCCAGCAAUGCCUGCCCUACUGGCGCCGAGGCCGGUGUCACCACCAGCAUGCGCUCCGUUAAGCUGGACAACAAGCUGAAGCUGAUCGACUCCCCCGGAAUCGUCUUCCCCACCUCAAACGGCAAGACUGGCAAGAAGUCCAAGGAGAACGAGCAGGCGCGCUUGAUCCUGUUGAACGCCAUCCCACCCAAGCAAAUCGAGGACCCCAUCCCAGCAGUCAACCUUCUUAUCAAGCGUCUAUCAUCCUCUGAGAACAUGAUCUCCAAGAUGCUCGAAGUCUACGGCAUCACCUCCCUCUUCCCCACCAACGGUGACAAGACCACCGACUUCCUGAUCCAGGUUGCUCGCAAGCGCGGACGUCUCGGAAAGGGCGGUAUCCCCAACAUUGAGAGUGCCGCUAUGACCGUCGUCAACGACUGGAGAGAUGGUCGGAUCCAGGGCUGGGCUAACGCCCCUGCUCUGUCCGUCGUUGCCGCUGCUGAUGCCGCUGAGACCGCUCCGGGCGAGGGAGUCGUUACGGCCCAGGUUGUUACGGAGUGGGCUAAGGAAUUCCAGAUCGAGGGUCUUUGGGGUAAUGGCGAGGGUGACGCUGAUGAGAUGGCUGAGUAA